ACUAAAAAAAAGAGGAAGGGGUGAUGAUGAUGUCAGUGAGGUAAAGGAAACUCUGAUUAAAAGGAAACUCUCACGGCAUAACGGGUUGAGAGCUAACCACAGAACUUAACAUCUAGCGAGAUGCAGAGAAAAAAAUCCCAGGGAAAAUGCAUCAGGCUAUUUCUGCCAUGAAGGGCGAUUGCCACAUGAAGAAAUGCAAUGGUAGAAAGCAAUGUUAAUAUUCUCUUAUCUUUUUCUGUUGUUAAUGGAAACAGCAGAAGUCAAAGAUUUUAACAUUACAGGAUGUCUUCACAAGCACACUGAUGUGAGGUACCGGGCCGUUAGUGACCAGAAAUUUGUUGUAUCUUGUGACUUACCACCUGAGGACCCUGAUUCAAUAUUUAACAGUUCUCAUCUUUAUGAAAGCCAGCUGCAGUGGUUCUGGCAAUCAAGUGAUGGAGGAGUCACGAUGCGUCUCAAAAGUAAAACCAUCAACCCAACACUUCAGGGAAAUGCCCUUUGGUUUAAUCCAAUAACAGUUGAACAUUCUGGAACAUAUAUUUGCAUAAAUAGGGAAAAAACAUUGAUGUGUGCCAAUAUAUUCAUAGAUGUUCAGACAAAGAAGAUGGCUAAUUGUUCUGAUAGCAGCACAAAUGACAAUUAUUUGUUUGUUCUACGAGGAGCAAACAUUUCUUGCCCAGGAAAAGACUGUUACAGUAAUUUUCAGCGCUCACCUGUUAAAUGGUACAAGAAUGGACGAAAAUUAAGACUUCGAAAGGAUGAAAGACCAACCCUGCAAUUUCAGCAUGAUAAAAUACUAUUUCGUUAUGUCUAUGAAAUAGAUAAUGGUACUUAUAUAUGUGAUUACAUGCUGAUUGACAACAGUACCCAGUGGACAGUGAGAACGAUAGUGAAUGUAAAUAUCAUCUCAAAAGACACCAUCAAUCCUCCAAAGAUUCUGGAUCCGAGUGGUCUGAGAACCCUUGAAGUAGAACUUGGACAACCGCUUGAGCUUAAAUGCAAAGCACAGUUUGGUUUUGAACUGAAUGCUUCAUCUUCGAUGCAGUGGUACAGAGAAAACGGUGAAAGUAAGAAACUGCUACAGCAAAUAUGGGUUCAUCCAAAGGGACUAGAAGGCGAAUGCUUUGUUCACAUUUUCAACCUAAUGAACGUAACUGAAGAGGAUUUAAGCAGCCAGUUCAUCUGCCAUGCUCAAAAUUCCAUUGGAAACUCCAUAGGGGUGUUCAAACUUAAGAAGAGAACAGAAAGAGCUGUGUACCUCUUGCUCAUUUUGUGCUGUGCCGUUAUAACUAUAUUUAUAAUCUUUUCGGGAAGUAUGAUGGCUUACCGGCACCGGAUUGAAAUAGUGCUGUUAUAUCAAAAUUAUGUGGCCAAAGAUGAAACUGUUGGUGAUGGCAAGGAAUUUGAUGCAUUUGUGUCCUAUGCAAAACCAGAUUCUCCUGAAGCAGAUCAAGCACUACUUGUUGAGGAGAAGUUUGCCUUGGACAUUCUUCCUCAAGUUCUAGAAAAAAAAUAUGGAUAUAAGCUAUGUCUCACUGAAAGGGAUAUCCUUCCAGGAGGAGCAUACACUGAUGACAUUGUAAAUGCUGUCAAAAAGAGCAGACGAGCAAUCAUGGUCUUAAGCCCAAACUAUGUCAACGGACCGGCUCUCUUUGAGCUCGAAGCAGCAGUCAACACUGCCCUGGAAGAUAGGACAAUAAAGCUCAUCCUAAUUCAGUUUGAGUCUUUCCACGAGCCAGAGUCGUUACCUCACAAUGUGAAGGCUGCUCUCAGGGUUUUGCCCAGGAUUACCUGGAAAACAUCGCCCUCUCCCACUGCAAAUAAGCAGUUCUGGAGAAAACUGCAGUAUCGCAUGCCAGUGAAGCACACCAACGGAAGUGAAGGCCAGCAACCUUCAUUUUCCUCCCUCCAGCAACUGGGCAUGAAUAAUAGAAAAGACGCGGCAGGGAGAAGAAGCUGGACGAAGAAGUGGAGAAAGAUUUGGGAAAGAACUUCCCUAAACUGAAGACUUGUCAGGGGAGGGGAGGCCAUAGUUCAGCGACAGAUAACACGCCUCAUGUACAGAAGCCUCUUCAGCUGUAAAAAGGUGUUGGACAGCAGGGCUGAGAAAGACCUUGGCCUGAAGCCUUGGAAGCCUGUACAACAGCGUCAUACGUUAAAGCAGGGUUAUCUUUUGCUCUGUAAUAGUAAAGUGAAAUUAAAAAAUUCUUAUAAAAGUAUUUUGUCAUAGUAAAAGAUGCUGAAUGCAGCUGAGCUGUGCCAUGUCUUCGUAACAUAACUAUUUAUUAAUAAUUAUGAUAUGCCUCAGGGGUAGUAAUACCCACCUGCUGGAGUGAACUCUGGACAAAUGUUUUAAGUUCAGUCUCUGAUCAGUGAUACUGGAAUGUGAUUGUGGCUCCCGACUUACA